CCCUCUCUCUCGCUCUAUUCUCUCUCUUCCUCCACUGUGUCAUUUGGAAGCCUGAGCCCCACGCGGCCACUUCACCGGCACGUCCAAAAAGACAGCCCCGGGAUCAAGGUGGUGGAGGAGGAGGUGGAGGUGAGGAGAGAGAGAGCGAGAGAGAGAGAGAGAGGGGAGGGAGGGAGUGAUAGAAGACGAAGAGGAGGAGGAGGAAGAGGAUAGAGAGAGAGAAGGGGAGAGAGACAACAGAUCCACGUAGGGAAGCACAUGGACAGAACAUUUAGUUCCCGGCAUGUGAGAUGAGAGAGCGCCGGGUCUUGAACUGAACAGUCGCGGGUGAAGCAGCAGCAGCAGCACGGAGGCUGUGAGAAGAAGAAGAGCAAGAAGAAGAAGAACAAGAAGAAGAAGAAGAAGAAGAAGAAGGGGCGUACGGGCGACUGUUACCGUGUAACGCCCAAGUGCAGAAAUGACCACUGAUCAGGAUUUACCUAUGGAUGCCCAGUCAGCCAAAGCCAUAUUUGCGGCAAAGGGCAUCGAUAUAACACCCAACAAAGACCAAGGAGUCAUCAAGGUCGUGAAGCGUCCAGGAUUAAAUGGAAACCAACCGAUGAUUGGAGACAGAGUGACUGUACACUACACUGGAAAGCUGCUCACAGGGAAGAAGUUUGACUGCAGUCGAGAUCGUAAAGAACCUUUUUGCUUCAAUCUGGGAAAAGGACAAGUCCUCAAGGCGUGGGACAUCAGUGUGCUGUCCAUGCAGGAAGGAGAGGUGUGCACGUUACUGUGUAAACCAGAAUACGCGUAUGGAUCUUUAGGAAGUCCCAACAAAAUCCCUCGCAACUCCCUCAUAGUGUUUGAGAUGGAGCUGCUCAAGUUCGAAGGAGAGAAGCUCACGGAUGACGGCGGCAUCAUUAGAAGAAUAAAGGUCAAAGGGGAGGGAUACACAAAUCCCAAUGACGGAGCAACUGUAAAAGUGCACCUGGAGGGGAGCUGUGCUGGUCGACUGUUUGACUGCAGGGACGUCACCUUCGUUGUCGGUGAGGCCGAAGAUAAAGGCAUUCCGCUGGGAGUCGACCGAGCCAUGGACAAGAUGCAGAGAGGGGAGUGCUGUGUACUUUACCUACAACCAAAGUAUGGAUUUGGAAGCGAAGGUAAAUCCGAGUACAAAGUUGGACCAGACAAAGACCUUGUUUACGAAGUCUCCCUCAAAGAGUUUCAAAGUGCAAAAGAGUCCUGGGAAAUGGAUUUGAUUGAGAAGCUGGAUUUGGCUGUUGGCGUGAAACAUAAAGGGAAUCAGUAUUUUAAGGCUGGGAGAAUCUUCCAGGCCGUCAUCCAGUACCAGCGCAUUGUUUCCUGGCUGGAGAUGGAGUGUGGUACUGGGAUGGAUCAGCAGAAGAAGAUACAAGACGUUAUCGUGACGGCCCACCUUAAUUUAGCAUUGUGUUUCCUGCGGAUGAAGGAGUUCUCCCAAGUAGUGGAGAACUGCAAUAAGGUGAUUGAGAUUGAAGAGCACAACGAGAAAGCUCUGUACCGUCGUGGGGAGGCACGUCUCCACCGCAACGAGUUCAGCCUCGCUCUGGUAGACUUUCAGCUGGUGCUUCAAUUCAACCCCUCGAAUCGAGCGGCCCGGGCUCAGAUUUCCGUCUGUCAGAGCAAGAUGAAGGAACAUCACGAACAGGACAAGAAGACCUAUGCUAACAUGUUCCAGAAAUUUGCUGAACGGGACGCCAAGACUGGGAAACCGAAGAGGAGGCGGAAUGAGAGCACGAGGAGCAUCAUGAACGGAGAAGUGGGAAUCAAACGGCGGCGGAGUAGUCAGGACUGCCCGUCGUACCAGUGACACUUGAAAAGGGGGAAAAGACAAGCCUCCUUUUGCUUUCCAAGCCCGGGCAGCAGAGGCAAGGACAAAGUCAAAUAAAAGCCUCUAAUCCAAACCUCUUUAUCCCAAAAUCCAGCGUCACCAUUCCUGCAUAUAAAACAGAGUGUAAGCAGGAACAUUUCCAAGCCAAACAGCGUCUCUCCUGUCACAUGGACUGUGCUACUGCCAGGACGCUCAUCCCUGUGGAUUUAGUGCAGCAGAAUCAGUGAAUUAAGAUCUGGUGAGCUCUCCUAGCCCUGUUAAAAUAUAUCAAGUUUAUCCAGAAACACAGAGGAGUUCCACUUCCCUUGUCUUUAGGCUGUGUAGUGCUGAGAUGUGCCUCGACAGUAUGUUUCUGAUUCCAAAACUGCACUGUCAGACCUAUAUUUGGUAUUAAGCCUUUUCUCGGGCAGCUGCAUGCACGUGUCACAAGAUGUUUGGGAUUCAGACUUGAAACUUUGCAAUUUUUUUUUAUUUUUUAUGUGCACUAUGUACUUUGGAUAUAAGGUGUUAAAACAUCCCGAUAGAUCAUUGGUGUGUUAAAGGAGAACACGAUCAAUUUUAAGAUGUAAGAAAAGUAAAUAACCAUCAAUGUUUUGCUUCGAUAUUGAGUAUAGACAUUCAGACAAGCCUGAAAUAAUUUAACGAUGGGAAAUACCGAAAAAAGACAAAUCAAGAACUUACCAAAAUUAAAAUCUCCUUCACCCACGAACGUUCAAUAUCGUGAGAAAUAAACUGAAAUGUUCCUCCUCGUGUUUCCGAUCAGCAAAAGCAGAAGCAGAGACGAGAGACUAAAAAAAGCACAAACUACUAACAUAUGUACUGUCUUUAGUAAGCGACUACAUAUAAAGGGUUAAAUAUUUUUUAUUGUCUAUAAAAGAACUGUUGGAAAGAUUAUUUAUAGAAAUACAAUUCAAAUUUAGCAGUUUGUUUUUGGGCAAGGACUAAGCAUCGUGUCUGGCUUGAGUUAGACCACGGUUGUGCAUGCACUAAAAUAAGUUAUUCAUGAAUACAUGCAUGUUGGGCCAUUAUUCAUUUGUUGUACCGUUAUAUUUUGUCUUUAAAACCCAGAAGGCAGUAAAAACAGCAGAUGAUAGACUUCUUUGGGCAUGAUAACAGAAAAAACAAACAAUCUAUAUGGACUGAUUACAAUUUAAACCGAAGGCAGCUUAAAAAUCCUUAAUCAAAAUAAAGCGCAACUGUCAAACUAUAUAUAUAUAUAUAUAUAUAUAUAUGCGUUGAUCUAUCGGCUAACAGCACAGCAAUGAUUGUCAACGCACACACACUUUUAAUCAAACAAGUGAAUGCAUGCUGCUUUACCUUUACUGUCAGAAAAAUGUAUCAUGUGAUUCAAUCUUACCUCGAAGAGAAGGCAUUUGAUCAUGAAAUCAGCCCCAACCCCACCGCCGUGUCUGACAGGGCGGACCCACCGGUGUUGUCUGUGUGCGUGCAGGCGGGAGACAGACACACAAAUCACAACUAAGAUAUAAAAAAAUUCUUUAAAAUCUUCAGAACCACAGUUUUUCUUUCAGUCUUUCACAAAUUUCACCAUUUCCUUUAAACUCUGGUAAUGUGAUCAACUCCAUAAUUUCACAUCGGUGCCGUUCUUUUGUUUUUGCCUCAGCCCCAGAAAAGGUGUCUCUUGAUUUCACUGCAUCUAUUUUGUGUUUUGUUUUUAUUUUUUUUAAACGUGUGAAUGUCAGUGGAUAGUGGACAACGAUGCACUUUGGUGACUGUAAAACCAACACUUAUCUUUCAUGAAAAUGUCUGGAUCAAAUCCGGACAAUAAUCUCCAGAUGUUUUAUAAUCGGUUGGUUCAGAAUGAAAACCUUAGCUGUCUUAAAUAUUUUGUGUAAAAUGUCAACCGUGUGUAUGUGUGUGUGUUUAAUAUAUACUGUUGUAUGCUAGCAAGGUUUUUAAACUGCUUGUUGCUAAAUGUUUUCAAGUACUGCUGGCUCUGAACAUUCAAACAUUUUGUACAGUGGAAAUGAGCAUGAAGUACUUUUUUCCUUAGGCGAUUAUACAGAAUAUUUAUCCCCCUCUGUCGACUGCAGAUAGAUUUACAGGCCUCUUACUGCUACUUUCAUCACUUUGUGAAUUUCAGGAAUAUUUUUGGGGGGGCUUUGACAACAACAAGCAGGAGAACAUGCAGUGGGUUCAACUGCAGCCUGUGAGCUUGGUUUUAUUAGAAAGUGAAGUGUUACUGUUUGUCAUAUCAAAUGUUUUAAAUGUAAUCAAAAGAUCAUUGCCCUGUACAGCAAAGUGUGAGCGUUGUUUUAAACCAGCAUUUAUGCAAAAGAAAUAUUUUCAGACAAAAAAACA